GGUUUAACCCGAGGUGUUUCACAAGGCCACAUCUCAAUAGUUACCUUUCUCUGAAGUAGCAAAAGUAUCGAUACCUUGAAAAUCGAUUUUCGAGCAUAAGAUCUGGUAUCGGACGUAUCGACAUUUCAGUAUCGAUCCACACAUCACCACAAUGUGUGUGACGCAGCAGGCUUGUAAUAAAACCAGCCUGUUCAGAUAUUUCUAGAGUAAAUUGUGGAUUUUUCUUGGACCGAAACUUUUGCUCCUCAAAGGAACUUAUUUCGUAGCGUUUUCACGUGUAUUAAUAACAGCUGCCACUCCCGUGAAAAAGAAUGCCUUGUUAAUUUGAUCAGCUAUAUUGUAUAGAUGUAACAGUAGCUGGUAGCAUCCCUAGACUGGAGCACUUGCUAGCGGGAUAAAUCGUCCUUUGUUCAAUAAUAUUUACCACCAGCCUAAAAUUGGGGAAGUACGUAAGACCUGUCCUUCAUGGACCUCUUCAAAGCCCUGUCAUAUUCUGACAGGAGAGACCCGGCCACCCUGGACCACAUCAAACCGUGCUGGUACUGGGACAAAAAGGACCUGGCCCGUACUCCUUCUCAGUCAGAGGGGCUGGACCCUGCGACUGAGGCCCGGUACCGUAGAGAAGGUGCCCGGUUCAUCUUUGACGCGGGCACACAGCUCGGACUGCACUAUGGAACACUGGCUACUGGCAUAGUGUACUUCCAUCGCUUCUACAUGUUCCAUUCCUUCAAACAGUUUUCAAGAUAUGUGACAGCAGGAUGCUGCCUUUUCCUCGCAGGGAAAGUGGAGGAAACUCCAAAGAAAUGCAGGGACAUCAUCAGGACGGCUCGCAACCUGCUCAACGACGUCCAGUUUGCACAGUUUGGAGACGAUCCUAAGGAGGAGGUGAUGGUUUUGGAGCGUAUCCUGCUACAGACCAUCAAGUUUGACCUGCAAGUGGACCAUCCCUACCAGUUCCUGCUCCGCUAUGCCAAGCAACUCAAAGGUGACAAGAACAAGGUGCAGAAGCUGGUUCAGAUGGCUUGGACCUUUGUGAAUGACAGCCUUUGCACUGUGGUGGCCCUGCAGUGGGAGCCACAGAUCAUAGCGGUAGCUGUCAUGUAUCUGGCUGGACGUCUCUGUAAAUUUGACAUCCAGGAGUGGACUUCCAAGCACUCAUCCCGGCUUUGGUGGGAACAGUUUGUCCAUGAUGUGCCCGUCGACGUGUUGGAAGACAUCUGCCACCAGAUCCUGGACCUGUAUUCUCAGACUAGGCAGCAGAUACCUGAUCGAAGUCUUGGGACUGGGGACAACCCCAUGCCGCCUUCUAUCUUCGCCCCAGCAGCCCCAACACUGUCUGUGAAAACCUCACCUCAGAGCAGUCCCAGGCCUCCCAGACCAGCUAAGCCCUCUCCCAGAGAGGACAACAAGGCCAGUAAGAUGCCAAAUCCAGAACCACCACCACCUCCUCCUCCACCUCCUCCUCCUCCCACAGUAUCCAUUAACCCAGAUCCCAACCCCCCCUCUCCCUGUCCACCAGCACCAGAUCUCCCCUCCACGCCAGCCCCCCCACCUUUACCACACUGCCCCCCUCCGCCACCUCUUCUGCCCAUGGACCUCCCCUCUUCGAGCACAUUGGUGUCCAGUGAAGGCUACCAGAAUCUUCAGUCCAUGAUAAAGACAGAUGGCUCCUGUUAUUCCACUGUAUCCCAGGCCUGUGCCCCACCACUGGGGUACCACCACUACCCCCCAGUCACCUUGUCCUACCACACACCGCCACUGUCAGCCUACAGCUACCUGCUUGCCACACCACCCCCCUCAAUUAUGGGAAUGGCACCCAGUUUGAGUAGCGGACUCCCACCACCCUCAACGUCUGGACAGCUACCCACUCUGCUGCCACCUGGGAUGCCCCCAGUCAGUGGGGUGAAUCGGGCUACGUGGUUGAGAUGAGCACCAUGACAAAAAAAACUACACCUCAUUGGGCGAUUGGAUAUGCUGAAUAUUAUCACCUUUCCAAACUUCUCAAAGCCUCAGAGACAUUUUGAAGCAGUGACCUUCUCAUCAGUAGACAGAAGACUUGGCAGAGUUAGAGACAUAAUGGAAUUAGAGUCACUGUGUCCCUUUAUUUUUUUUAUUUCAUUUUUUUUUUUUUAUUUGUUUUGCACAACAAAUUGAAUGGAACACACACUUGAAGCAACACAAGUGCAAACAACAAGUGCAAAGUGGUCUUGGGGCGUCUGGUCUAUGUGGACUUCUCCAAGCAUAAGGUCUGUUUUUGUUUGAGUGCAGCGGUGGCUCAAGGAUCAUUUGAAAGACGUGAUGUUCAUUAAAUUCACUCCAGUUACAACACUGGCAUCACUGAUCUGACAGGUGGAAUUAAUCAGUGGUAUGCAACAGCACCGGUGCAAUAAAUAAAACACACUUCCCAAGGAAAUUGUAUUCUUGUCUGAAUGGAGCAGAGCGGUGUAACCUGUUUUUUAUCAACAUGUACAGUGAUGAUGGAAAUAAAUAGUAUAUGACUGUGCUAUAUGUCUCAGCCCACCUUGAGAUCUUGGCCAUGGUUCCCCUCUAUAAAGGUGGUUUGGUUUUAGAGGGUUGCACUCACGUCUGUACAUCUUUUUUUUUUUCCUUUACCUUUCCUAAUUGAAGUCUUGCAUAUUUAAUUAAAAAAAUACAGCAUGUG